AUGGCUCGCAAGUUCUUCGUCGGCGGCAACUUCAAGAUGAACGGAUCCGUUUCCGCCAUCAAGGAGAUUGUCCAGAAUCUGAACAACGCCAACCUCGACUCUAACACCGAGGUCGUCGUCUCCCCUCCCGCCAUCUACCUCCAGCUCGUCCGCGACCAGCUCCGCAAGGACGUCGAGGUUGCAGCCCAGAACGUCUUCGACAAGCCCAACGGUGCCUUCACCGGCGAGAUCAGCGUCUCCCAGCUCAAGGAUAGCAACAUCAACUGGGCCAUCCUCGGUCACUCUGAGCGCCGCACCAUCCUCCGCGAGUCCGACGAGGUCGUUGCCUCCAAGACCAAGUACGCCACCGAGAACGGCGUCGGCGCCAUCUGGUGCUGCGGUGAGAGCCUCGAGGAGCGCGAGGCCGGCACCACCGUCGAGGUCGUCAGCAAGCAGCUUGCUGCCCUCAAGGCCGCCAUCUCCGACUGGUCCAAGGUCGUCGUUGCCUACGAGCCCAUCUGGGCCAUCGGCACCGGCAAGGUCGCCACCAACGACCAGGCCCAGGAGGUUCACGCCGCCAUCCGCGCUUGGCUCAAGAAGGAGGUCAGCGACAAGGUUGCCGACGAGACCCGCAUCCUCUACGGCGGCAGUGUCAACGAGAAGAACUGCAAGGACCUCGCCAAGGAGAAGGACAUUGACGGUUUCUUGGUUGGCGGUGCCUCCUUGAAGCCUGGCUUCGUCGACAUUGUCAACGCCAAGCAGUAA